AUGUUAUAAAAUAUAUUUACAUUACUAUUUGCAUUAUUAGACUUAUUUGUUUUGUACAUUCUACAUUAUUACUUGGAUGAAUAUUGCUCUUAGAUAUCGACACUUAAUAAAGUAAUAGCUAUUUUAUCUUCUUUUAUACCAGGUAAACUAUUAUGUUUACAAUAGCCAUAAAAAAUAUUAAAUGUUCAUUGAUUUUAAAACCUAUUCAAACUAGUAUGCAAUUUGGAUUUUUACCUAAUUUAUUAACAAGCAAUGCUAUUUUAAAUUUUAUUUUAAGUAUGAUCAUUAGAUUAAGUAUUAUUGCUUUUGUAAUUGUAUUUCCAUUUUCAAUUAUGUUAAUUAUGAAAUUAUCUAGUUUCCUUAAUUUUAUAGGAUUGAUAAUCUCUAUUUAUUUAUUAAUUGAAUUGUCAUGGAAAUCUGGAAUAUAUUUUUAAUAUAAUCUAAAAUAUGCAUAAUUGGCUUCAAUAAUUCCAGGAAUAAUAUUUAUAUACUAUUUACUAAUUAGUGAUGGUAUUUUAUGCAAAUUAUCAAUAUUAUUACCUAUUCUAUAGUUUAUUAUUACUGAAAAAGGAUCUCUUAUAACAUCUUUAAUGAUUGGAAUCUUUAUGAUGUAAAAGUCUAUUUUGAUGAUUUACAUUAUUUAAAGUUUAUUAAUAUACUAUAUUAUCUUUGGAAUUAAAAAUACAUUCACACGUAUAUUAAUUGGAUUAAUUAUAUCUUGCAGCAUUGAUAUUAAAGAAAAUAGCAUGACGUAGAUUCUAUAUUUUAGUAUAUAUAUAUUGACUUUGAUUAAAACAAGAUUUAGAUAAACAAAAUCUGAUUGA